GACCUUUUGCUACACAAGGUUGUCAGGCUCAGCUGUCAAGAAUCACAGUGUCCUGCAGUGGAGGUUAAAAGGUUUUUGGCUGACGAUACAAUGAGAGAAGAGGUGUCCUGCACCAACUCUCCAGAAGGAGGUCUGGGGGCGAGUGAAGAAGAACUGGAAAGAGGAUCAAAGAAGAGCAACCAGCAAGGAAAUCGAAAACGUUCGCCUUACCCCAAGAAGGAAAACCUUGCCCAGGCGGAGGAGAGUAGCACCGGCAGCCCAAACAGCCUGUUGCCAUCUGUGCCAAAGAGGGUGAAGAAAAGCCCUACGACUGUUGUAUCAUUGGCCCCAACAUCGCUGGGACCCCGGCUGGACCAGCCCUUUGAGGACCUCCAUUCCCAGCGUGUCAUCGCCAACGUGAGGGAGCGCCAACGCACUCAGUCCCUGAACGAUGCCUUCGCUUCCCUGCGCAAGAUCAUCCCAACGUUACCUUCAGACAAACUGAGCAAGAUCCAGAUCCUGAAGCUGGCCUCGCGCUACAUUGACUUCCUGUACCAGGUGCUGCAGAGCGAUGAAAUGGACGCCAAGCUGGCAAGCUGCAACUACCUGGCCCAUGAAAGACUGAGCUAUGCCUUCUCCGUGUGGAGGAUGGAGGGGGCCUGGGCCAUGUCUGCGAGCCACUAGGAUCCCACAGAAACCAUCUCACCUAAAACCCUAUUGUGUCCACACCUCCGUCUUUGUCCCGCACCCGUUUCCCGACCUCUGACUGCCUUCCUGUCAGCCUGAUCUUCACCUUUUCAUCUGAAACCCCUGCACAUAUUCUUGCUUUGUCUAUGUGCUCCCUAAUAGUUAUUUCCACCUCUACACCCCGUUCCUCUGCAUUGUUUCCAAUGCACUCCCUUGUCUGUCCUCCAGUUUGGUCCUUAGCAACAAGACGCCCCGCUGCAGCC